GGGACUCCGCAGCCCUAUAAAAGGCGGGCUGCAGCCGUGCCCAGCAGAUUCCCUGUGGGUUAGAGUGGAAGAGUGCACACGGCCUCUGCUGAGUGACCCUCUGCGCCUGAGCAGCCCAGACCUCCAGAGUCUCUGCGUCUGAAGUCAUAUCCCAGGAACAGGAAGCCACAACCAUGUCGAUCCCAAGGGAAGUGGCGAUUGGCAUCGAUCUGGGCACCACGUUCUCGUGCGUGGGCGUGUUCCAGCACGGCAAGGUGGAGAUCCUUGCCAACGACCAGGGCAACCGCACUACGCCCAGCUAUGUGGCCUUCACCGACACCGAACGACUGGUGGGCGACGCUGCCAAGAGUCAAGCGGCCCUGAACCCGCACAACACGGUGUUCGACGCCAAGCGGCUGAUAGGACGCAAGUUCUCAGACGUGACCGUGCAGUCAGAUAUGAAGCACUGGCCCUUCCAGGUGGUGAGUGAAGGCGGCAAGCCCAAGAUGCGCGUGUCUUACCGUGGGGAGUACAAGACGUUCAACCCCGAAGAGAUCUCAUCCAUGGUGCUGAGCAAGAUGAAGGAGACUGCUGAGAUGUACCUGGGCCAGCCUGUGAGGAACGCGGUGAUCACAGUACCUGCCUACUUCAACGACUCACAGCGCCAGGCCACCAAGGAUGCAGGGGCUAUCGCGGGGCUCAACGUGCUCAGGAUCAUCAACGAGCCCACUGCAGCCGCCAUCGCUUACGGGCUGGACAGGCAUGGGGCAGGAGAGCGUAAUGUGCUCAUUUUUGACCUCGGUGGAGGCACUUUUGAUGUGUCUGUUCUCACUAUUGACGGUGGUGUCUUUGAGGUGAAGGCCACGGCUGGAGACACUCACCUGGGUGGAGAGGACUUCGACAACCGGCUGGUGAACCACUUUGUGGAGGAGUUUCGGCGGAAGCAUGGGAAGGAUGUGAGUGGCAACAAGCGGGCUCUUCGCAGACUGCGCACAGCCUGUGAGCGCGCCAAGCGCACUUUGUCCUCAAGCACUCAGGCCACUCUGGAGAUUGACUCCCUAUUCGAAGGUGUAGACUUCUACACGUCCAUCACUCGUGCCCGCUUUGAGGAGCUGUGCUUGGACCUCUUCCGAAGUACCUUGGAGCCUGUGGAGAAGGCUCUGCAAGAUGCCAAGCUGGGCAAGGCCCAAAUCCAUGAUGUCAUCCUAGUGGGUGGUUCCACCCGCAUCCCUAAGGUGCAGAAACUACUGCAGGAUUUCUUCAAUGGCAAAGAGCUGAACAAAAGCAUCAAUCCUGAUGAGGCUGUGGCCUAUGGGGCUGCUGUGCAGGCAGCAGUGUUGAUGGGGGACAAGUGUGAGAAAGUACAGGACCUCCUGCUGCUGGAUGUGGCUCCCCUGUCACUGGGGCUGGAGACAGCAGGUGGGGUGAUGACCACGCUAAUCCAGAGGAAUGCCACCAUUCCAACCAAGCAGAUGCAAACUUUCACCACCUACUCUGACAACCAGCCUGGAGUCUUGAUCCAAGUGUAUGAAGGCGAGAGGGCCAUGACCAAGGACAACAACCUAUUGGGGCGUUUUGAGCUCAGUGGCAUCCCUCCUGCUCCACGUGGAGUCCCUCAGAUCGAGGUGACCUUUGAUAUUGAUGUCAAUGGUAUCCUGAGUGUGACAGCCACUGACAGGAGCACGGGCAAGGCUAACAAGAUCACCAUCACCAAUGAUAAGGGCCGGCUGAGCAAAGAGGAAGUAGAGAGAAUGGUUCAUGAAGCUCAGCAGUACAAGGCUGAGGAUGAGGCCCAGAGGGACAGGGUGGCUGCCAAAAACUCCCUGGAGGCACAUAUCUUCCAUGUAAUGGGCUGCUUGCAAGAGGAAAGUCUUAGGGACAAGAUUCCUGAAGAGAACAGGCGCAAAGUGCAAGACAAGUGUCAGGAAGUUCUUGCCUGGCUGGAGCACAACCAGUUGGCAGAGAAGGAGGAAUAUGAGCAUCAGAAGAAGGAACUGGAGCAAAUGUGCCGCCCCAUCUUUUCUAGGCUGUAUGGAGGGUCUAGUGUUCCUGGAGGCAGCAGCUGUGGGGCUCAAGCCCGCCAGGGGAGGCGCAGUACUGACCCUAUCAUUGAGGAGGUCGAUUAAAUGAUCUCUUGUGAUAAGUCUGCUAUUACUGUAAAGGCCUGGGCCUAUAGGCCUUCAAGACUGUCUUCUGUGAUUUUAUCUUGUAACUUUAAGGGCUCUGGGGUGAAAAGUAUCUUCCCCCUAAAGCCAGGAGCUUUCUUCUCAGUAUGUUGUGUAACUAAAGUCCCUGUUAUUUGUCUUUUUUAAAAACAAAGUUCUCCCAUUUCAUACAAACAGAAGUCAUUAACAUUUGUGUGGCACUUUAACAUUGCUUUGUUCUUUUGUAUUUCUUGUACAUAUGGAUUUUGUUAUGUGACAUAUAGUUGUAGAUCUAAAUAAACUUUUAAAAACUC